AACCAGUCGAAGCAUUUUUAGGUAUUCCAUAUGCAUCACCACCGAUCGGCAAGCUUCGAUUUAUGCCACCAGUAACACCGGCCAUUUGGUCGGAUGUAAAAAUCGCUAAUCAUUUUGGUCCAGUUUGUCCACAACGACUUCCAAAUAAUUUACGAAAUGAAACAUUAGCACUGCAAUCAAUGACUAAAGGAAGAUUAAAAUUACUACGAAAAUGGAAUGAAAUGCUUAAAAAUCAAAGUGAAGAUUGUUUAUAUUUAAAUAUUUAUACACCAUUUGGUGGUAAGUAA